AUCUUUGACAUUUCAGAGUUGGAAGAUUCUUCCUACUUUUCACCCAUCAUUUGCAUUUCCUGUUUUAUAAGAUUGCCCAUUGUAUCAUGUUUUGUAAUCUGCAAGACAUUUCCUAUAUUUUUGGCCAAAACUUGCUCGUGAAAUGCAAGUGAUCAGUGGGGAAAGUGCUUUCUGCGUGGGUCAUUGACCUUAAAUUUUGGCUGGUGGGUUUGCUAGAAAAUCUGUCUUUCCUGAGCUUGGAGUUGGUGAUUUGUAAGUUUUAGCAGAGAAUACUGGGCCAUGUAUUCUGGGAAUUCACAAGGAACUGUUCUGUGAUGGGCCUAGUUAUUUGCUUCAAAUUCUGUUUUGGGUGUUUGUGCAACUUUAAGAUUGUUUAAGUUUAAUAGGGUUUGGUGGCUUCUGUCAGCCAUGGCGACCACAGUUCCAAUUGCCUACCGGAAUGGCACAGGAGUACCAGACUGGCUUAACAAAGGAGACAAUGCAUGGCAAAUGAUAGCUGCAACUGUUGUUGGAUUGCAAAGCAUGCCAGGCCUUGUUAUCCUCUAUGGAAGCAUUGUGAAGAAGAAAUGGGCAGUAAAUUCUGCAUUCAUGGCUCUCUAUGCAUUUGCAGUUUCUUUGAUCUGUUGGGUGAUUUGGGCCUACAAAAUGUCAUUUGGUCAUCAACUCUUUCCACUCUGGGGAAAGGCAGGACCUGUACUUGGCCAGAAGUUUCUCAUCAAACAUGCCAUAGUCCCUGAAACAGAGCAUGACCACAAGGAUGGAUCACCGGAGACAGCAGUUCUUGAACCCCUUUAUCCUAUGGCCACACUUGUGUUUUUCCAGUUUGUCUUUGCAGGAAUAACACCGAUCAUAUUGGCAGGUUCUCUUCUUGGAAGAAUGAAUAUCAAAGCAUGGAUGGCUUUUGUGCCACUCUGGCUCACUUUUUCAUAUACUAUUGGAGCUUUUAGUUUAUGGGGAGGAGGAUUCCUUUUCCAGUGGGGGGUCAUUGAUUAUGCAGGUGGUUAUGUCAUCCAUCUAUCUUCAGGAGUUGCAGGUUUUACUGCAGCUUAUUGGGUAGGACCUAGACUACAAAAGGACCGUGAAAGAUUUCCUCCAAACAAUGUUCUGCUUAUGCUGACUGGAGCUGGUUUCUUGUGGUUGGGUUGGUCUGGUUUUAAUGGAGGCACCCCUUAUGCUGCCAACGUUGUUUCAUCCAUAGCUGUUUUUAAUACCAAUGUAUGUGCAGCUACCAGUCUUCUUGUAUGGACUUGUUUGGAUGUUAUAUUCUUUAAGAAGCCCUCAGUCAUUGGAGCUGUCCAGGGAAUGAUAACUGGACUAGUCUGCAUCACCCCAGGCGCUGGUGUUGUCCAAGGAUGGGCUGCUAUUGUGAUGGGAGUGCUCUCUGGUAGCAUUCCAUGGUUCACCAUGAUGAUAAUUCACAAGAAGUCAGCCUUGCUACAGAAAGUUGAUGAUACAUUGGCUGUACUCCAUACUCAUGCAGUUGCAGGAUUAUUGGGUGGAGCUCUUACAGGGCUUUUUGCAGAGCCUACUCUCUGCAGCCUCUUCCUACCAGUAACCAAUUCCAAGGGGGCAUUUUAUGGGGAUGGUAUGCAAUUUGUUAAGCAAAUUGUGGCAGCUGCAUUUGUCAUUGGCUGGAACAUUGUUGUCACAAGCAUAAUCAUGUUGGUCAUCCAGUUUUUCAUUCCAUUGAGAAUGCCAGAUGAACAUCUUUUGAUAGGAGAUGAUGCAGUUCAUGGGGAGGAAGCAUAUGCUCUGUGGGGUGAUGGGGAGAAGUGUGAUGAUACAAAGCAAGGCUUUUCUGAUGAGACACAACAGGAUAAGGUGAUGGAGGUGCAGCCCUAGGGCUAACCAUGGAGUUGUGAUAUGCAAUGUUACAUUACAAGACUUAAAAGAUGUUCUCUACUGUAAUGGAAAUGGUUGACGACAAUAAUCUUUAGUUUUCUUUUAAAAUAAGUUUUCUUUUAGUAUUUUAAAACGAUAAUUUUUUAAAAUGUAAAUAAAUGAUUUACCAAUCAAUUUUAUAUUUGAUUGGAUGAUUAAAGGAUGUAUUUUGAAUGGCUUUAAAUUCUAAUACAAAGCGAUAAAUAUUGUAAAA